UUAUUUUUAUGUUAAUAUUAUAUAAUAUCUCUGCCCUUAACAUAAGGAACCAUGUGCUCAUGUCUCACAGCAUAUCUUUCAAAUAUUUGUUUCCUUUGUCUUAUUUAAAAGACUACAAGUAAAGUACUCUUUCUUUGCAUCAUCAGCAAACACUUAUUUUUCAUUUAAUUCCUUGCAACAGAUACGUUUUGCCCUUACUUGAGCCUCAUUAUUUUAUAUCAUAAACCCUUUUUUUUUUUUUUGAAGCAAUUUUAUAUCAUAGACUUUAGGGGGUUUUCACCAUUCAAGCUGCCAAAAUAAUGCAUUAUUCCAUGUAUCCAAGUCAUAGGUGGACCGCCCGCUCUAUCAAUUUUCGCAUCCAUUAAUAAAUGGACACCUAACUAGGCUCCCAAAAGAAGGGAAAUGUAACAGCUGCAUAUGCAUCGUCUAAGUCUACGGAAGCUUCUUGGCUUGGGUCUCCUUUUACCUAAUUAUUUAAUUAGCCUUUCAUAUUAAUUUUUGACUUUUUGCCACUCUGUUUUGACCUUUCAAAUAUCUCUUUAUUGGCUGCUUUUCAUUUGGCCUAUGUUUAACUUCCCUUUUCAUUUGGUCUAGAGAAUUGCUAAAGCUUGAGAUAGAAAUUCUGAAUUAUUAAUUAAUUACAAGUCCAAUAUCAUUUUUAGACCCCCAACAUAAAUUCAAUAGCAGAAACCCCACUCAUUCACCAUUUCCAUUUUUUUUCCCUAAAAAUUUAUUUGAUUUAUAAAUCACUCUAAAAAAUUAAUAUUUAACAAAAUUAAAACUCAUAUUUCAACACUUACAAUCCUUUCAAAAUAAAUCUCUUUUGUUUAAAAAAAUUUCACAAAGCCAAUGUGAGGACUGAGACAAUCAGGGCUUGGAUCUUAUUGGCCGAAAGACUUUACUUUAUAACAUGCUUAAAUCUUAAUAGAGGCUGCUCUGUCCCCAUUAUCCAACCCUGAUUGCGCGCGUUAGACCUAAAGCAAAGUGCCCAAGCCCAACUGCCCAUGUCAAGAUUGUCAACUUAAACACUAUAAAUUAGAACCCUAUCAGCAUGUUCUUAUACAAGCUGAUCUUACUCCUAAGUCUCAAGUUUCUAAUAAGCUUUUAGCUCUCCAAAAAAGAUGGCCAGAACCUCCCUUAUUUUCCUCCUGCUUUCCCUUCUCUACAUUGCUUGCCAGGCCAGAUCUCCAACUGCUGCAAGCUCUCCUGCCUCGAAUUUCAUCAAGGCUUCAUGUAGUGCCACCCAAUAUCCAGCACUUUGUGUCCAAUCUCUCGCAGCAUAUGCCCCUUCAAUCCAGCAGAGCCCACGCCAGUUGGCUCAGACUGCCCUGUCGGUUAGCCUAGACAGGGCUAAGUCCACCCAGGCAUUCGUGUCCAAAAUGAAAAGCUUCACGGGACUUAAGAAGAGGGAAUACGAUGCAAUCAAAGAUUGCAUCGAGGAAAUGACUGAGAGCGUGGACAGGCUCAGCAAAUCAGUGAAAGAGCUCAAGAACAUGGGUCAAGCCAAGGGUCAAGACUUGUUGUGGCACGUUAGAAAUGUGGAGACCUGGGUUAGUGCUGCACUAACCGAUGAGAACACUUGCGUUGAUGGGUUCGCAGGGCGGAGCAUGGAUGGUAAGGUGAAAGAUUCGAUUAGAGCUCGUGUCAUCAAUGUUGCUCAGGUCACCAGCAUUGCUUUGUCAUUGGUUAACCAAUUUGCUUCAAAGCAGUGAUUAACCAACUGUUGUUUGCUCACUGGCACUUGCAGAAAAGUUGAAAAAAGUAGUGGUGGACUAGUCGUAAUUUUCUUUAGAGGCUAGCUUUUGGUCAGUUUUGUCGUUUGGUUUGGUUCUGAUGUGUGUAUAUGUAAAUGAAUAUAUGAUGGUGGUCACUGCUCAGACAUGGAGCUAGUUACUUUUCUCAUUUUGUUUUUGUUUUGGUUUUGAUAAACACUAAAUAAUAAAGUUGGAGUCCUUGAAUUAAUGGAUUAUUCACGCUAAUGUGAUUUACGAAUAGAUUGAGGAAUUAAAUAGUUUUCUACACUAGUAGUAUUUAUUAAAACAUUUUAAAAACCAACACCUUAAUAACAUACUAACUAGUAUUUCUUAAUUAGAUCAAAUCUGAUGAGUGUCUUCGCCAACUCCAUUAUAUUGACGUGAUUAGUGCAUUCCAGGGGAGGUAAUUAAAGUUUUCUAGAUUAGGUUUCUCUCAUCUUCUCAAUAGAAAGUUC